UGAUGAAUCGUUUUAUCUACAAAAUGUCAGAAAAUAAGUGAUGGAUGUCUUGUUUUGUCUGAUAAACGGUCCUGAACCCAAAUAAAUUCAGUUUGCAGUGAUAUAAAACAGCUGCAAAUCCUCAUAUUAUUGAGCUGUAACCACCAAAUAUUUGACAUUAGUGGUGGAAAACUGCUGCAGAUUGAAUUUCUGGAGUAGAUUUACUCAGAAUUUGUACUUCAGUGUUUCAGCUUUUCCCUUCAUUACAUUUACCUGAUAGCUGGAGACACUUAACUUAAAAAGAGACAGAAGGGUAAAAUACACUUUAGAGCUCACAGGUGCAUGUUCAAUAAGAGGGAGUGAGACUGUUGGACCAAUGGGACCUGCAGGGCUUUUCAGAGUGAGAACUUCACCUGGAAAAUCAGGGAGGAGACGAUAUUCCCAAUAAAAUGUCAGAUUUGUUAAGUAAACUCUAGAUUCCAGUUAUCCUGGGUUGGGUCCAUCCAUCUUAUAAACGCAGCCACCUGAAGCCAAACCAUCCACUGACCUGAGCCAGUCAACAAAGUCCUGCUGCUCUUUUUUUCUGAAACCUUCCUCCCUUUUAUUGCUAAAAGCAGGUGCAAUGAACACCUUAAAUAAAGCUGUAUCCUCACAGCGACAGACUUUUAUUCUCACUUAAGCCUUAAAGUUGAAACCCGAUCAGCCACAAUCACUUCAACAACUCACAAAGGCCAUUACAUAAUACCACGCUCCAAUUCAAAAGAAAGAAUGCACACAGGAAUGUAAAGCGGUAUCCAAAAACCUUCCUUUGUAAAGUAUCUUUUGCAAUUGUUAUGACUUGAAACAGCAUCUCGUGUCUUGCCAGCCAUCUGGAGACUAUUAUAGGUUAUAAAACAGCUGCACAGGAGUGGCUCCCUUUUCCUGCCACCGCAGACUGAAAAACAAUAGAGGUGUCUGGAAGCGUGCGCCGAUCGAACCUGAGCCCAUGCCACGUUGUUGAAACAUUCACCUGUUAAACAUGUGCAUGUGUCUUUUUUUGUCUUUUGAUUUGUCUGCACAUCCAGCAGCGAUUUCAUGUUGCUGCCAGUAGCAAAAGAGAGACGGAGUCGGUCCCCGCGAGCUCGUCUUCCUGCUCAUUUAGGGUUAAAUUCUCACAGACACUUGACUUCCUCUUGCAAACCUCUCACUCUAACACCCUGGCAAGCCCUCCUCGUUUUUUCUUUUUUUUUUUUUUCCUCAAGUAAAUGUUAUAAAUAGUGCCGUGUGUUCUGUUGACUGGCCAUCCUCCUCUCAAAGUGAAUGCCUCUGCCCACCUUUGCUCAGUCACUCACCUUUUCACUCCUUCGCUCUGCGUCUGUUUCUCUCAAUACAAAACAUUCAGUUCAACCUUUCGCCUUUUCUUCUUCAGAGUUCUUCGUCUGUUAGUUUUUCUGCUUGUUCCUGUUCUGCUAAAAGACUGAAAGACGCCAAGAAACUGACAUUGGCUGGUCAGCAUGCGUUGUGUGAGCUGGUUGUUGCUGGGGACCUGCCUCCUGGUCCUGGGCCCUGCAGUGCAGGGAGCCCCGAGCCAGUGCCCCGAGCUGUGCCACUGCCACGGUGACCUCCAGCACGUCAUCUGCGACAGCGUCGGGCUGAAGAAGAUCCCCCGGGUGUCUGAGGUCACCCGUUUGCUGAACCUGCAGAGAAACAACCUGGGCAUCAUACCCACGGGGGCCUUCAGCGAGAGCAAGGGACUCAUCUCUCUGCACAUGCAGCACUGUCAGCUCCGAGAGAUCGGAUCCCAGGCCUUCAAGGGGCUGAAGAAGCUCAUCUACCUCUACCUGUCCAACAACGAGAUCAACAGCAUCAAGCCCGGCGCCUUCGAGGACCUCACCGAGCUCACCUACCUCUACCUAGACGGGAACCAGAUCAGCGACCUGGCCAAGGGCAUCUUCUCCCCCAUGAUCAACCUCUUCAUCCUGCAGCUCAAUGACAACAAGCUCCGGGAGCUGCGGCCGGGGACCUUCGCGGGCGCUAAAGACUUGCGCUGGCUGCACAUGAGCGGGAACGAGCUGACGACCAUGCAGCCGGGCUCUCUGGACGAUGUGGAGAACCUCGCUAUACUUCACCUAGACAGUAACAAGAUGUCCACCUAUCCCAGCGUGGCAAUGAGCAAACUGCGAGUGGUGGAGGAACUCACGCUGGGGAAGAACCCCAUGAGGACCAUCCCAGACAACGCCUUCCAGAGCUUUGGCCGCUACAUGGAGAAACUAAACCUGGACAGCAUGGGUCUGGAGAAGUUCUCUGAUGGUGCGUUUACUGGUGUGACGGCGGUCAAGUCACUGCACCUGGACAACAACAAGCUAAAGUCCCUUCCCAAAAGCCUCGAGUUCGGCACCAUCACCAACCUCACCCUCUCCAACAACCCAUGGAGCUGCACGUGCCAGCUAGCUCCACUGCGCAGGUGGAUGGACUCUAGCCGCAACCGUCCGGACGCAGUGUGCGCAUCUCCACCUCCGCAGAAAGGCAAACAAGUCAGAGACAGCACCGCCUUCAGUGGCUGCAGAGUCAAAGUGAAAAGAGCCAGAAAGGGCAGGCGCAUUUGAACACGCAGCUGUACAGGAGACGCUGAGGAGGAGCCUGUCCAGGUGACCGGCUACUAAUGCAACGAAAGCAAUGCUAACUCGUUCUACUUCAAGACUGUCCAUCUAUUCCUCUGCCACAUGUUGUCACCAGUGUAAACAAACACAUGCAUAGAUACACACGUCGCUCUCUCACACAUAAACACACGGGGAGCUUUAUGGACUUUUCAUCCAUUUAUAUCCAAAAAUGAAGACUUAAGUAUGAAGUGGAAACCACCAAAACAAAGGAUGCAUUUGAAUAACUGAAGCCUACAAAAAGCAUUAAAGCUGCAGUAGGUAACUUUUAUUCAUUAUUUUUUUGUCAUAUUUGCUAAAACUGUUCACUACAUCCUGACAGUAGAACAUGAGACAGGUAAUUUGGGGGAAAAAAUCAGGUUCCUCUGGCUCCUCCUAGUGCUCCUACUGGUAUUUGUAAGAAUCCACCGGGCCCGAAUGAAAACAACCAAUCAGAGCUGAAAAAACUAGUUAAUUGUUGAGUCUCAUUCCUUGUUUACACGACAGCAUUUUGACCUGAAAACGCCUUCUCGCCGCCGCUACUUAUUGCCAAAUAUGGUGACAACACGGCUCCACUUCACACACGACUAUUACUCACGUUUCAACCUAAUAGAUAUAUUUUGAUGCUUUUUAGUCAUUUGCCAUCUUCUCUUCCUGUUUAUACUCUGGCGCUGUAGAGGAAAGCGUUGUGUUGCAAAGUUACACUGCCGCCUACUGGCCUGGCAUCCAUACUACGACGUUUUCAAUCACUUUUGUGGCCGACGAUCAUUUCCAGAAUGUGUUUGUGUAAUAAAAAUAUAAUUUUUUUAAAUACAAAAGGAAAAACUUUUGUAUUUUUAGCAAAAGUUCAGGAGGAGCCAGAGGAACCAGAUUUUUUCACAGAUUAUCUAUCUCAAGUUCAGGAUUUAGUGAAAGUCUCAGCAAAUAUGGCAAAAAGUUAUUUUUAUAAAAGUUACCUACUGCAGCUUUAAGGACAGAUGUGCUGUUCUCUUUUCCUGGUGCAUUUAGUACCUCAGAAACAUUUUAACAGUCACAAAUCCCCCAAAAAAUAUGUUUCUGAGGUGUUUCUUGAUUAGCAUGAACACAAUGUAAACUCAAACCAGAUUCAAAAGAAAAAAAUAAACUUACUUUGCUUUCUUACAGAGAGAGUUAAUAUGAGAGGAUUGACACCUCUGUCAAGUCUUAGAUUAUCUUAGCACAAAUACAUACUGGCUCCAACAACGGCUCCAAAAGACAUAAAGACACAGAGACAAAAACAAAAAACGCUCUUACAAACUACGAGGAAACGUCCUACAACUGUCGCUCAGGCAAGAAUCAGCACUCGUUCACCCUCUUUUCUACUUUGUGAUGUCAGUUUUAUUCCCUGACUGACCACAAGAAAAAGGACACAGCGACUGAAGACGUGUUUCUUAAGAGACAAUAAGACUUUGAAGGUGUGGGUAAGCUUAACGUGUGGACCAAUGAAUUCAAUUUCCAAGCUGUAUUUUUACUUCCAGUGCCAUUUUCAAUGUACGAACGCAUGUUAAAAGAGGCCAUGUUGUGCUUUUUUGGAGUUUCUCAUGUGCUUUAGUUUGUUAUAUAGAUGUUUUUGUGCAUGUAAAAGGUCUGAAAAGUCCACACUAAAGAGAGUUAAUGACACACUUUGUUUGUAUUCAGCCUUUUCUUCCAUUUUCUCUAUUACAUCACAUUAUAACAGGCUCCAUCUAUAGACUAGGUGACAGCCCCGCUGCUCAGGAUUAUGGGAGCUGACGGGGCUCUCGGGAGGCGGCGGCUUAAUUAAAAAUAAUAAUAACGUGUUUUUUAAACAUUGAAGCAUGUAAAACUGUUAUAGUAGUCAAGUAUUAACCUGAAAAUUAGCAUAAUAUGACCUCUUUAAAAGAUCUAUAAAACUGGAUUUAGUUCAUUUAUGCUGAAUGUACACGAGUGAGAAUUCAAGAAAAGACAAAUACAUUAAAACAGAGAAUUAUUUGUAUCAUAUUUUACAUUUUCUUAACACUUAACCUGAAACUGGAAGACAAAAGUGAACCAUUUCCUCCACAACAACUAUGAGGGCUACCGAUUUGUUGACUUUAUGCAUAUCUUCUGUAUAUUCAGUAUCUUUAUACAUUUCCUGGACUUUUGGACGUGGUAAACAAGCGCUCACAUCCAAUAAACCUUUUACAAAAUCAA